AUGAGUUACAGCAUCCAAACAAGUUCUGGAAUCAUCUGUCGUAACAGGCGAUAUAUUCGAAAUAAAAUCUAUCUAUCUAUCUAUCUAUCUAUCUAUCUAUCUAUCUAUCUAUCUGAGUAUGUUCAUACCUCUAUCGCACUCUAUUCAUAUCUAUCUAUCUAUCUAUCUAUCUAUCUAUCUAUCUAUCUGAAUAUGUUCAUAUCUCUAUCGCACUCUAUUCAUGUCUAUCUAUCUAUCUAUGCUCAUAUCUCUCUCGCUCCUUCUGCGCCAGGUUUUCUUCUUGAACUAAUUUCUAUUUAUAUUCCUCUUCCCACAUUCUUUCUCUCAUUUCCACCCCUCUCCUUUCCUUUUCAUCUUUCCUCUGUUUUCUCUUUGCCCACACCCUUGUCUUUCUCUCUAUUACUUCAAUCAUUUCAUUACUUCCUCGCUCUUUCCGUUCUUGCUCUCCCUCUUUCUAUUUUGUCGUUGUCCUCUUCUCUUUUCCUUCUUUUCUCUAUCACUUUUGCCUUUACCAAUCUCUCUCGUUGCCUUUUCCUUUUCAUCUCUCCGUUCUCUUCGUUCUCCUUUCUCUUCCUCUUCUUAUUUCUUCCUUUCUUUUGCUUUUUUCUAUUUCUCUCUUUCCUCUCUCUUCUUUCUCUUUUUUCCUUUUCUCUCUACCUUCUAUUGUCUCUCUCGAAUUCACAUUCUGUUCUCACCCAUCUCUAUGUCAAACAUUUUCUUUCUUUCUCUCUCUCCACCACUGACUCUCUCACUCUGCCGGGUCUCUUACACUUUUCCUUCUCCGUUAUUCAUAUUCUCUCUUCACCUUCACUUCAUCUCUUGUCGCUCUCUUUCUCAACAUCAUCACUCCUUUCAGUGAACUCUCUUUCUCUUCACACAAUCUCUAUUGAUUUAACUCUCUCUUCGCUAUCAUUCUGUCGAAUUAAUCCCUCUCUCUCUCAUCUUUCUGUCGGAUUCCUUUACAUUUUAUUCUUCUCUUUCUCUCCCUCUCACAUCUCUGUCAAACUCUUUUAUACUUUAUUCUCCCUCCUCUCUCUAUCGAAAUUACGCUCUUUAACUAUCUUUCUUCAUAUAAAUCCAUCUUAUUCUCUAUCUUACCUCGGUUCUUUUUUUCUUUUUUUUUUCUAUUUCCCUCUCUCUAUAUUUGAAUAA